AUGGCACCGCAGUCUUAUAACACCUUCGGGGCAACUGAUUUAAAGAGCUCUGAACUUAAAGAGCAAGCCGAUUGGUUGCCCGCGCAUCACGGCAAGGAAUAUGUACCGAGGAGGAAACCGAAUCGCGGGCCGUCCGCUGCCGAUUACUUUCUUCUCAAGGUUUCUGCUCUGAUAUCCGCCAUUGGUGUAUUUUAUUUGCUCGCCUAUACCCUCGCCCAACGACGAGCAUCUCCGCAACCUCAGCUUGAAAAUAUAAGGGGUACUUCAUUCUUAGAUCAUGAGACCCCUAUUAGCGCGUUUGCUGGCAAAUCAUUCUUAAGACAUAACAUCCCUUUUAUUGAUAUCCCUGAUUCCCUUAUCGAGGAUGUCUACUAUUAUAGGUGGACGACCAUUCAGCGUAACCUUCGUUACAUCAAGGCUGGAACCGGUUACAUGUGUACCGAGUUUGUUCAACCAGUAGGCUACGCCAAGGCUUUUGGUUCUAUCGAUGCCGCUGCUGGCCACCAGAUUGACGAGUCAAGAUGGCUGAGAGAUACCUUCUAUGGCGAUGACUAUAUUUAUCUCUAUACUCGUGGCCCAGCCGAUGCGCUGCAGUAUACCCAAUGGAUCCUCGAUGCCGCGAGUCGCCGCGCUAUGGUGACCGGUGACACCCAGUUUCUCGCCGCUCAGCUCGAUGAUAUGAUCCGCAUAUGGCAUGAAUGGGAUGAAGUCUACGACGGGGCAGCUGGUUUAUAUUACUAUCAACCAGUCUGGGAUGCCCAAGAAUUAUCUCUACCUGGUUUUAUUGCCGAUCCUAAUGGCACUGAUUGGACCCUCAGGAAGGAUGGUCCAGAUACCUUCAGGCCUAGCCAUAAUGCUUAUAUGGUGGCAAAUGCUAAAGCAAUAGCUCGCGCCGCUCAUCUAGCCCGCGACGGGUUUCGUGAAGCACAGUUUACCAUUUUGGCCGACAGCCUCGAAGAGGCCAUGUACGAGAGGAUGUGGGCUCCCGAGCAGAAGUUUUUCAUGGAUAUUAUUCGGCCAAACAAUCCCAACUUGACACGGCUCACCGGAAGGGAACAGGUUGGCUUAUUCCCAUAUCGAUUCGGCAUUGGCUUAGACAAAUCGUACGCACAGCCAGCCAUCGAUGCUAUGUUUGAUCCGGAAGGUUUUUUAGCCCCUUACGGCCCAACAACCUUAGAGAUAAGAGAUCCGUGGUUCAUGGCUACUAGGCCAGACAACUACUGCUGUUACUGGAACGGUAUGUCUUGGCCGUAUUCAACGGGACAUACCCUCAAGUCACUUGCUGCGAUAUAUCGUUCUAAAACCACGAAUGUUACCGCAGAGCAGUACCUGCAGUAUCUGCAGACUUACGCCAGGACUCAGCAGAAGGACGGCCACCCCUAUAUUGCAGAAUCUCAUUAUCCCUUCUCGGAUGCUUGGAGUGCCGAUGGUUGGAACCAUUCAGAGCAUUAUGACCACUCGACUAAUAAUGACGAUGUUAUUACUGGCUUGCUCGGUAUCAUACCGCAGCAAGAUGAUAAACUUAAGAUCUCCCCUAUCAUCCCGAAGAAUUGGACUUACUUUGCCCUCGAAAAUCUGGCUUAUCAUGGACACCUAGUGACCGUGCUCUACGAUAAAUUUGGGUCAAGAUAUAAAGUUGGGCAUGGAUUGACAGUUUAUGUCGAUGGCAAUAAAGUAUAUAAUGGUGCUGGGAAGCAUGCUACAAUACCUAUCCCCCCGCCCAUCCUACCAGGCGAUGCGUUGAUUAACAUUGCAGCGAAUCCUGCUGGACCUGGCCAGUACCCAACAGCUGAUGCGACAUAUACAAAUUCCGGCGACUUCCAAUUUAAGGCCAUUGACGGUGUUCUAUUUUACGACUCGAUACCCGAUAAUCGAUGGACAAACUACGGAUCACCAAAUCUAAAUGACACGCUCACGAUUACAUUUUCUCGACCCAGAAACAUCUCUUCUGUAACCCUCGCGUUGUUUUCAGACGUUGCAAGAGGCGGAGGCGUAGAUGUACCGGCCCGUAUAGAAAUAUACGGAUCCACGGGUUUGUUGGCUGCGAUUAAUGACUCCUCUAGUCUAUUGCCAAACGACCGUAAUGAAAUAAAGUUCGGCCAAAUUGAGACACAAUUCUUAGCAGUUAACCUGUACCGGAAGUCGUCGCACCUCUGGGUCGGCAUCUGCGAACUAGAAGUUUGGACGCCGCCUAUUUCUGGGCCGACCUAUCACGCAGUCGAUGCUUACCUUACCGGGCAAGACACGCGUGUCAUCUUUGAUAAUAGAUCAUCUGCCACGGCUAACGGAGCCGUUGUUGGAGGAUUAAAUACGGAUAGCAACGUGGCCUUCUCUGGAGUUUUGUCUCGUGGUGGUCCGGCCUCUUUGGUCCUCACCUACUCGAAUAUGGGUAAUACGACGGUAGAGCUAAGUGUCGAGGUUAAUCAGGUACCAAGAGCUAGCCUCAGUCUCCCCCCUAGCGCGGGAAAUUACAUCAGUACCAAUACAACAACUGUAUUGUUGGCUUCAGGGAAGAACUACGUUAGCUUAAGAGGAGGCUCGAAGGACGAAGCUGUAAGGUUGGAAACUUUAAACGUGCUAUGACAUCCAUCCCUGGUACAGAUUUCAAUCAAAUCACGAUUACAUGUUGGACCAUAUCUUUCUGCAUACCCAAUGUACCUAACCUAGUUGUAGCACUGAAACGUCUAUUAUUGUUCAGUUCAAUCAAUGUCUCAAGUCUAGAACCGUCCCAGUAGAAUUCGGGCAAAAUACAAAGGCUCUCUCGAACCUGAAGACGAAGCAUCUUUACUUAGCGUCAUGGAGACGUGGAGCAGCAUCGAGGUGUUGGUAGACGAAAAGCGGUUGUCUACGUGAGGCCAGAGCUGAGUAGGGAGAGAGU